CGGCUUUUCUCUGUUGUUCGAUCAACUGUUUUGAUUUUAGGCGUUUUUCCCACUUCACUGACUGCAAAUUCAACUCCAGUGUUUUAUAGGGAUUAAUUGUUUGAAUGGCUACUUCCGGUGGACCUAGACCAGGCAAUCUCCCACCCAAUUAUAACCCGAAUUCCAUAUCCGAUAAUAUGCAGAAUUUGCAAAUUAAUCGCCAGAAUCAGCCACCCAACAUUGCUAAUGGACCUAGAGGCCCACCUUCCCUUUUUGGGCAACUACCACAAUCACAACCUUUUUCUUCGCCGUUUACUGGGCCUAAUCGUCCGGGGCCUCCACCGCCAGGUGUUGUUCCUAGAGCUGUAGUGCCUUCGUCUAGUGGACCUCCACAUGGUGCAUUGCCUCCUUUUAUGGCGGCCAACCGUGGAGGGCCUCCUGGCGGUAAUACACCUCCUGCUUCGAGCCCUAUGCCACCGGGACCUUCACCUGUUUCUUCGUCAGGUCCACCUAUGGGUCCUCCUGGUACUCGUCCUGGUUCUGGCCCGGUUGCUUCAACUCCUUUUACACCCGGUGCACCAUCACUACGUGAUGGUCUGUUGAGUAACGGGCCACCGAAUUUUGGACCACCACGUGGCGUGCUAGGUGGCCCUCAAUAUACUUCAACCGUUGUUGGACCAAGACCGUCAACUGGACCACCACCUCCUACACAAACCAUGUCGUCGUUUCUUGGAGGUCCUUCUGACAAUCUACAAAGAGGGCCACCACAAGUAGCUUCACCUGCCUUUUCAGCACCAGGUGGCAUGCGACCACCUACAGGAUUACCACCAUUUUCAGCUCAUGGGCAAGGUUUACCUCAGCCAUCAAGGUCUCUUUUUGGGCCUCAACCGCGGCAAAUGCAAGCACCUCUUUCUAAUCAACAAUCUAUGGCUACAAUAUCACCUGCCAUGGGUCCUGGCGGGAACGCAGCUUCAGGACCAUCAAAGAUUGAUCCUAACCAAAUUCCACGUCCCGUUCCAAGUUCCUCAGUUCUUCAGCAUGAAACUCGUCAGGAUAACCAAGCCAAUGCUCCACCGCCUGCUACAAGCGAAUAUAUAGUGAGGGAUACUGGAAACUGCAGUCCUCGGUACAUGAGGAGCACCAUCAAUAUGAUUCCUUGCACUUCUGAUCUUUUGAACACGUCUGGCAUGCAAUUGGCUCUAUUAGUCCAGCCAUUGGCACUUCCUCAUCCAUCGGAAGAGCCUAUUCAGAUAGUGGAUUUUGGGGAAGGUGGCCCUGUUCGUUGUAAACGUUGCAAAGGCUACAUCAAUCCGUUCAUGAAGUUUGUUGAUCAGGGAAAACAUUUUAUUUGUAACUUCUGUGGGUUCACGGAUGAAACUCCACAUGACUAUCAGUGCAAUCUAGGUCCAGAUGGCAAGCGCAGAGAUGUUCAUGAACGGCCCGAGUUAUGUAGAGGAACAGUUGAAUUUGUUGCAACAGGGGAAUUUUUGGUACGUGAGCCAAUGCUUGCUGUAUUCUUUUUUCUCAUUGAUGUAUCAAUGAACGCCUUGCAAACUGGUGCAACCGCAGGAGCUUGUAAUGCUAUCAGCCGGGUUAUUGCCGAUCUUCCAGAGGGCCCUCGAACAAUGGUGGGAAUUGCUACAUUUGACUCAACCAUCCAUUUUUACAAUCUGAAGCGUGCAUUACAACAGCCGUUGAUGCUCAUAGUUCCCGAUGUUAAAGAUGUUUACACUCCUCUCCAAACUGAUGUCAUUGUUCAACUUUCCGAGUGUCGUCAACAUCUAGAUUUGUUGCUUGAAAGCAUCCCAACUAUGUUCCAGAAUAAUAAAACAGCCGAUUCAGCUUUCGGUGCAGGGAUGAAGGCUGCUUUUCUGGCAAUGAAGAGUACUGGAGGCAAACUUUUGGUAUUUCAAUCAGUCUUGCCUUCUGUUGGUAUUGCGGCUCUUUCGGCUAGAGAGGCUGAAGGAAGAACUAACAUCUCUGCCGGAGAGAAGGAACCUCAUAAAUUACUUCAACCAGCAGACAAGAAUAUGAAGGACUUGGCUACUGAAUUUGCGGAGUACCAGGUCUCUGUUGAUGUAUUUAUUACUACCCAAAGCUACAUCGACAUUGCUUCAAUCUCUGUAAUCCCCAAGACGACAGGAGGACAGGUGUACUAUUAUCACCCCUUCUCUGCACUUUCGGACCCUGCAAAACUCUACAAUGAUCUUCGAUGGAAUGUCACAAGGCCACAAGGUUUUGAAGCAGUGCUGCGUGUUAGGUGCAGCCAGGGUCUUCAAGUACAAGAAUACUCUGGAAACUUCUGUAAACGCAUUCCCACAGAUGUUGAUCUACCCGCGGUUGAUUGUGACAAAUCAAUAAUGGUAACUCUAAAACAUGAUGAUAAAUUACCUGAUGGCACAGACUGUUCUUUCCAGUGUGCUCUUCUUUAUACUACAGUAUAUGGGCAAAGAAGAAUACGUGUCUCUACUUUGUCAGUACCAUGCACAACCAUGCUGAGCAAUCUUUUCCAGUCACCUGAUUUAGAUACCCAAUUUUCAUGUCUCUUGAAACAAGCGGCCAAUGAAAUUCCUACAUCUCCAUUGAUGCAAGUGAGGGAUCGUGUGACAGAACUUUGCAUUAACAUUCUUCAUUCUUAUCGAAAGUUUUGUGCAACUGUGUCAUCAUCUGGACAGCUUAUUCUUCCAGAGGCACUCAAAUUGUUGCCUUUAUACACUCUUGCUUUGAUUAAAAGUAUUGGACUGAGAACCGAUGGGCGUAUAGAUGAGCGAUCAUAUUGGAUCAGUUAUGUGACCCCAAUCUCUGUGCAGUUGGCAGUCCCACUUGUGUAUCCCAGGAUGAUAAGUGUUCAUGAUCUUGACCCGAAGCUACAGGAAGCAGAAGGAUCUAUUAUUCCUCCUCCUAUACCCCUCUCUGGUGAACACGUGAACGAAGAUGGAAUCUAUCUUCUUGAAAACGGCGAAGAUUGUUUAAUUUAUAUUGGAAACUCUGUAGAUCCUGAUAUAACACAAAAACUGUUUGGCAUCUCAUCUGUUGCUGAAAUCCCUAGUCAGUUUGUAUUGCAGCAAUAUGAUAACCCGUUGUCCAAGAAACUAAAUGAAGUUGUAAAUGAGAUACGAAGCAAAAGAUGUAACUACCUACGGUUAAAAUUAUGCAAGAAAGGAGACCCAUCAGGAAUGACAUUCUUCUCGUAUAUGGUGGAAGACAAGUCUCCUAGUGGUUUGUCAUAUGUCGAGUUCUUAGUACAUGUCCAUAGACAAAUUCAAAAUAAAAUGACUUGAUGUUCUUGUCAGAAAAUUACUUCAGUUUUGGUUACGUUAUUGGGUUAGUACUUAUACUUGAGGGGUUUGAGCCAAAAGAAGCGAAGUUCGAAAAGUUGGACUAGUUUUCAUGGUUUCAUCCAUUUCUGGUGAAAAAUAGUGAGGGAACAAAUUUGAUGGUAAUUUCUCUCUAAGUGUAGCUUAAAAUUAUAAAAUAUACAGCUUUGGUCCGGUUUAUAGUCAUUACCAUCAAAGAUGGUUUGAGAUAUUAGUUUGUAUAUGUAUUGUUCUUUUAUAGUGUGAAUUUGACUUAUUUUAGCGUAACAAGUUUCUUUUAGUUAUAUCCUUGGGAUUAAUUGUUUAGAAGUGCAGGAUUAAUGUAAUUAUUUGCUGAUCA